GUCGAAGCCCAAACUCAAAUACAAAACCCUAAACCCCCCACCCUACUCAUUUCCUCCGAAGAAGAAAAGGUGUCAUGGCGGAUAAAGUGAUUUCAGUGGACAAGAUCAAAGCCUUUUGGCACUCUCAGUUCCACGACCCUGAUAAAUGGGAUCUCAACAUGAAAUUACUACGUGCAGUAGGGCUGUUUGCCGGCUCCAUUGUGUUAAUGCGCCAGUAUGGUGAUAUGAUGGCCAUAUGAAAAAUCCUAUCCUCAGGUUUAGCUUCUAGUUGAUUUAGGAUGAAUCGGUAGAUUUCGUCCUCUCUUUUCCUUUGCUUUUCGGCCUCUAUAUUAGUUGCUCUUCGAAUGAAUAUUCUUGUAGACUGGAAAUUAAUGGAUGAGUCAUCCUUGUGUAAAAUUUGAAUGGUGAUGUUGAGAUGUGGAAUUUUAUCUGAUGAGAUACAAGCCUUCUUUUGCUUAAGGUGAAAUGAGAGUUAUUCAUUUCUUUUGAAA